UGUGUUUGCAUUUGCAAAAUAAAAUAACAUCAACGUUUAACGUGCGGGCAGUGUGUGUUUUAUUGUUUAUUGAACUGUGUAACCAGUCAUAUUUUGCACUAGUUGUAAAAUUAGUGGUACUGCUGCUGCAAGUAAAGUGAAAUUUACGGACGCAAUUUGUCUCUCACUUUCAUUGAUUAUGCGCAACCCCCACACUGCCAUUCCGUGGUAUAGAAAUUGCUAAACAAAAAUGAAGAAACCAAGUGUUUUUCUGUUGACAAACAUACUUUUCUGGUUACAAUUAAGUCUGGCAUCGAGUGUUCCGAAGGACUUGCCGGAUGGAGUCGUGGGAACAAGUCUCAACAAUAAAGUUCAAUCGCAGGACAAAACUGCCCUGCAAUUAAAGUUGAAUGCGACGGUGUCAAAUGUAAUUGCAGCGAUGGAUGAAACCUCAUUUCCUGAGGAGCAACCCAACCAGGAACACUCGAGAAAAGGGCGAAUUAUGCCUCGUAAAGGUGUCGACAUUAAUGCAACACUCGCUACAACGACUACAUCGACAGCAAUGACCCCGGCCUCUAACGCCACUGAAGCAAAACCACCAAACGUUGCUGCAGCGCCUGUGGGCAACACCAACAUUAGCAUUAGUAACAACAACAGCAUUAAUACUGCUUUAGUAAGCAGCAAUAAAACAACAAUCACUACUCCGAGUCCCCCAGCAAUAUCAGAUUCUUCCAAACCAAUUGUAUUACCUACUACUCAGAGUAGCACGACCUCAACCAUCACUACAACCACUACUACGAAAGCUCCGAAGAAGCCAAAAAUUACUUACUCAGUAGAUGAUGAACCAAAACUGCUCCAAGCGGCCAAACCUGGAUACAAUUCUGCCUCUUCCCUUGUAAACACUGGUCUUAGUACUGCUAACGGUCGCCUGCACGUAGAAGAACCAUUAGCGGAACUUUCGAGGGAAUACAUCCCACCGGCAGCGAUGCUGGAACCAUCCGGAGGGCACCGUGAAUACGUGGUUCCCGUGGUAACGCUCAUCUUCGCUAUCCCACUGUUGAUCGGACUGUUCCUGUUGUCCUACCGUCGAGCGAAAGAAUUCUGGCUGACCCGACACUACCGGCGGAUGGAUUUCCUCGUGGACGGCAUGUACAACUACUAAUGACGACACACGUUCCGGACGGGGUGACUCGGGCGACUACAAGUCGAAUCCCGCCGGGUCGUUAUGUGAUAACGAUGCUGUUCUGCGCGUGGGCUGUUUGAAGACCAACCAACCGAACCACACUAAACGCAUUUAGAGUUAAUUUGUUUUACGAAAGGGGUGUUUUUGAGUGUUUUUUUUUCGAGAAAAAUCGAACUAUUGAUUAUAAUGCUUGAUGUACAUUUCAUGCAUGCAACUCUCACGUAAACCGAGCUUAUUUAACAUGGCAUUUUAUAUCAAAAAUUUUCUGUGAGCUAAAUUUAUCUUGAAUUAAUUUGGCUGAACUGAAAUUAUUACACUCUAGUAGAGUGUAAGCUUAUCGGUUUGUAUGGAAAAUGCAUGCAAAUUAUUUUGUUUUGAUUGAAUCAUCUUAUUAUUAAAUUUGCUUGUACUUCAGAUAUGUUGCAAUCUUUUUUUCUUUCAUUGAUAUAUAAUGCUAAACGAUAACGAAGGCUGACCAACUUUUAAAACUUAUGUAGCAGCCCUGAUAAUCUUUUGAUUUUAUAUGAAGUGUGUUUGGUACUUUCUCAAGCUGCUAUUUGUUAAUAAUGAUAUAUUGUUUCUUGGAAGCACCAGAUUUGAUAUUCCCAAAACUAAAGUAAUCCAGUUAUCAUUUUUAUUAAAGUGCCUUUUCGGAUAAAUCAGAUAUCUAAGAGCAACAUAAGUGGAGAAAACAAAAAUCAUUCUUAAAAGCAACCCAUAUUAGUUCAUUAUCUUCCACUAGACCAUUACGAUUGGUAUAUGCUCAAAAUUGUAAAAAGAAAACGAUCAUGUACAGUUACACCUAGUUGAUACUGUUUAGUAGCAAAAUUUAACUGAACUAGCAAACUCUCGUUUCAUGCCGUGUAGACUCCUAUAGGAAGCAAUGCAAUCAAAUUAGUCUGUAGAUAAUGGGGAGAAUCAAAUCUAAACUAAAAACCAACCGAACUGCUGUAAGUCUGUUUCAAAGCUGUAAUAAUUUUGGUUGUUUUAUAUUUAGAACAAUAAAUAGAAAACUUACUAAAAGUGCUCAUCUUGUGCCGAAGUCCAUGCCAAUUACAUUGCGCCAGCAAGCGAAAAUAACGCGAAGGUUUCGAAAUCUGCGUGGAAAAAGCUUCUUUUGUUAAUGAUGUCUGCUAGAAACCUUAGGAAAAGACUAAAGAGCAGAGUUGACUAUAACUUUGAAAAUGUUUAGAUAAAAUCAAUGAAUAGUCGUGAAUUUUA